CAAAGUGGCGACAUGUAGUUGGGUAUCACUUUUGAUUGAUCUGUUAUUUCAUCGAGUCCCGCCGAUUUUCAAAUCUGAAUAUUACAUAUAUCCUUACAUAUCUCAUUACAUAUCCUUUUUCAAAAACAAUUGUUACAAAAGGGUACUGUACAUCCAACCAUUUUUCACAAAAAUGUCACAAUACCAUUGUUCACAAUACUGUUUUUAUAACCUAUUCUGAAGUGGUCAGCUUGAUAUGUAUGCUAUGUUAGACAGAAAUAUAUCUUUCUCAUUCGGAUAUAUCUCUUUCUCGCUCGCACGAUUCCGAUGAAACAUGGCGAACCUCUCUUAUGUUGUCACUCUGAUUACAGCAUUACAGUGAUUACAGGCUCUCUAGAAAUGACGGGAAUGACGGGAUGACCUGAUGACCGCUUUCAUUUCAGGUUCUUCUUGGUUCUUCUCUGGUAUUAUAGAGUGCAUGUAGGUUCUUUCUAAAUAAUCUAUUUUUUUAUUCAGGUUAAACCUAUCACAUUAAAAGUGCAUUUAUCAAAAUUAUAAAAAAACGAAAUAUAUUAAUAAUAGAAGAACCUCAUUAAUAAACUCUAAAUUUAAUACAAAAGUUAGUAUCUAACAUUGUCAUUUAACGACACAUUCCAUCUUAUUGUUACUAUCAUUUUAAAAUUAUUUGUAUCACCUUAAAAUUAUUACAAUGGACAAGAAUGAUAAAUUGCGAAUUCUUAAAAAUGCCAUAAAGAGUUAUCCUGACUUUCCUGAGCCUGGAAUCAUUUUCCGAGAUAUAUUUGGUGUGUUUCACAAUAUUACAGCAUUACGAGCAAUGAAAGAUUUAAUUGUGGAGCACAUUUUAUUUUUAGAAGUUGAUUUAGUUGUGGGAUUGGAUUCACGUGGCUUCCUCUUUGGUCCUAUGAUUUGUAUGGAAUUGGGCAAGCCUUUUUUACCUAUUAGAAAAAAAGGUAAACUUCCAGGCAAAGUCAUCCAGCAGAAAUAUACUUUAGAAUAUGGAGAAGCCAUAUUUGAAUUACAAACAGAAUUCAUCAAAAAAGGAAUUAGAGCGUUAAUUGUGGAUGAUUUACUGGCAACUGGAGGUUCCAUGGCUACAGCAGUAAAAUUAUUAAAAUCAGCAGGCGCUGAUGUAAUUGAAUGCUUGGUGAUAAUGGAAUUAACUUCACUGAAAGGUCGAGACAAGCUUGGCGUCCCUGUUCAUUCCUUUAUACAAUAUGAUCACUAACAGCAGAUGACAGUGAAUUAAAAUCUUCAUACAAGUGAUAACAGAAUUUUUCUUCCUCUGCAUUUAGCGGCAAAGUCUGCAUUUGCCAAUUUAAAUUACUAAAAUGUUCUUGAUAGCAUUUUUGUACUUCUGAAAUAAAAGCACAAGUAAUUAUU